GCGGCCGAGGCGGCGAGCGCAAGAGGGGCGGCGCGGCGAGGAAAGGAGCUAUGGGGAAGGCGAAGAGGACCCCGGCGGCUGCCGCGACGCGCAAAGGCCCCCAGUCCGGCGGCAGGAAAGCUCCCGCGCCGCCUCCUCCGGCCCCGAUCCCCUCUUCCCCAAGGGAUCGCGCCUCCUCCAAAGGCAAGGCGGCCCCGCCGGGCAAGGCGACCCCCGCCGCCCCCGCCGCCGCCCCGGAGGAGCUGUGCGCCCUGGCGCUGGGGGCGCAGAAGGAGCGCUGGCUGCAGUUCCAGAAGCGCCAGCGGGUGAGCUGCGAGGAGGCGGCCAGGCUUUUGCUGGACACCUUGUGAGUAAGGAGGAGGAGGCGAGGAUGGAGGGGAGGGGGGCCCGAUCCGGGACACGCCCCCGCCCACCUGUGCAACCUGCUUUCCCCUUUUGCUCCCGUGCAUCGAAAGCUCCAAUCGCCACCGCCGCCGUCCUUUUGGGGGAAGCGCCUUGUUUUUGCACCUGCUGGAGCGCCCAACCUUUUUUGGGGGGGGGGGGGCGUCUUCCUGCAAAUGCAAGGUAGAUGCCCCACCCUUCCAAACGAAGCCCCUCGCCCUUAUAGAAUCGUAGAGUUGGAAGAAGAGUGCUUUAUUUUUCAGGAUUUUAUUUUUUUUAAUGUAGGAGUGGGGAUUCCCUGCUCGUCUAAGGCUGCUGCCCUAACACCACUUACCCGGGAGUAAGUCCAAUGGAAGCUUAAGAAGCUGUCUUCCUAGAACAUGGGUAGGCAAACUAAGGCCCGGGGGCCGGAUCUGGCCCAAUCACCUUCUCAAUCCGGCCCACGGACGGUCCGGGAAUCAGCGUGUUUUUACAUGAGUAGAAUGUGCCCUUUUAUUUAAAAUGCAUCUCUGGGUUAUUUGUGGGGCCUGUCUGGUUUUUUACACGAGUAGAAUGUGUCCAUCUGAAUGUGGGGCAUAGGAAUUCAUUCAUCCCCCCCUCAAAAUAUAGUCUGGCCCCCCACAAGGUCUGAGGGACAGUGGACUGACCCCCUGCUGAAAAAGCUUGCUGACCCCUGUCCUAGAACCACGGAGUCCAUACGGGAAUUGAACCUGCAACCUUGGAGCUAAACCAACUGAGCUCUCCAGGCAUACUUCUGCUGAAUCAGCCCAUUGAUUGGCAUUGUCUAAAUUGAUUGGCAGGUGCUGUCCAGGAUUUCAGGCAGGACUUGCCUGGCAAUUUUGCCAGUUUUGCCUGGCAAUUGUAGGAACUCAACCUGGGACCUGACUCAGACCAAGGUGGCUUCUUGUGUUCCUGCUUCAACCGUUUAUUCGGAACCAUGAGGACUAGGAUCUUACUUUGCUUUUAUGGGAAGGGCCACAACUCUAUGACAGAGCGCAAGGUUUGCAUGCAGAAGGCCCCAUAUUCAACCCCAGGCAGCUCCUAAUAGCGCUGGAAAGAUGGACCAGGCCUGAGUUGGUAUAAAGGAAGCUUUUUAUGUUCUUAACAAGUUUGCUAUCAGCCAAUAGAUGUGGAAGGCCUGACUUCAAAUCCCUGUUCCAUCAAGAAGCUCACCGGAUGGCAGUGGCUCUGGAAAUGUUGCUUAUUGUUGGAUUUAUUUUCCACCUUUCCCUGCAAGGUGGUGUACAUGGUUCUCCUUUUCUUCCUUUAAUUCCCACAACACCCUGAGAGUUGGGUUAGGCUGAGAGGCAGUGUGACUGGCCCAAGGUCACGCCCAGUGAGCUUCAUAGCCAAGUGGGGAUUUGAACCCAGGUCUUUCCCGGGUCCUAGCAUGACACUCUAACCAUUACACCACCACCGGCUCUCUUUUCCUCCCCAGUGAUAGAUACAAAGUUCAUGUUCUGCAAUUUCACUGCUUCCAGAAAUGGUAAAUAUCGUAUUUUUCGCUCUAUAAGACGCACCCGACCAUAAGACGCACCUAGUUUUAGAGGAGGAGAACAGGGGAAAAAAAUUCUCUCCCUCUCUGCUCAGCGCCUCUCUAGCAAAGCGGGAGGAGAAACGGAAGGGGCUCCGUUUCUCCUCCCGCUUCGCUGAAGGGGCUCUGCGCAGAGAGGGAAGGCUGCGCAGCGCCUCUCCAGCGAAGCAAAGCCAGGAGAGCAAGAGGGAUCGGUGCGCACCGAUCCCUCUUGCUCUCCUGGCUUCAACGAAAGCUGCGCAGCCUGCAUUCACUGCAUAAGACGCACACACAUUUCCCCUUACUUUUUGGGAGGGGAAAAGUGCGUCUUAUAGAGUGAAAAAUACGGUAAUUGGCCAGCAAGGCAAAGGUGCAUUGAUUCAGACCUCGAAGGACCAAUAACAAACCUCUGUUCUUUCCCCUCUCUCUCCCUCUAGCGAGUACCAAGGGCUGGUGAAGCACACAGGGGGCUGCCACUGUGGGGCUGUACGCUUUGAGGUCUGGGCAUCGGCCGACCUCCACGUCUUUGAUUGCAAGUGAGUGUCAUCCACGAUCCCUCUCCACCGACCCUUUCCACUCUGAGGGGGGUUUACGGAAAGCGUUCAGAAAGCACACCAACACACAGCGAGUUCAUGGGCAUAGCAGCAUGGUCAAACGCAAGAGCUGCUCUUUCAGAGAACUGUUCCUGGAAUGUGUCGCUUCUGCCCACAGUCCCAAUCUCAUGCACUCACACGUCCAGAGUUUGUUUGGUUUCCCAGACAUUUAUACCUUGUGAAACAAAUACCCCCCGGAGCGUGUUGAACCUCGUGCCCACGGGGAACUGAUGCUCAAGAAUUAUGGUAGCGAUCCUUCCCAAGCGUUUUUCAAAAAUCUGUUUCACUAAAACAGAAAAAGAAUGUAGAACUUGCAAAGUAGUAGCAUAAAUGGGUGCAAAAACCAAAUUAAAAACAGGAGCUCAGGGAAUUCAGAGAGAUUAAAGCAGGAUUCAAUCUCAGGGAGUCAAAGUAAUCCUGGCCAAAAAGGUAAGUUUGCAGAAAGCAUCUGCAGCAGCUGAUGGUUGUUGCAUCAUAUAUGGCAGCAGGAAGGGCAUCCCAUAAUAUUGAGGGCAACUGCAGAAAAUGCCCCUUUUUGGGUCACUGGCCUAUGAUAUUCUGUAGGGUGCAGUGCUGCAAAUAGAAUUUCUUCAGAUGAUCCUUUUUUGCUCUGCAGGCCAGGUCCUUAUCAGGAUCUACUUCUUGGGCCAAAUUUGAGAGUUGGGUUGCCCACCUGUCCAAAUUCCUUUUGCUUUGCAAGUCUCCCCAUGCUCCCCCUUUAAGCCCCUGAUCUUGAAGGCUUAAAAGGGAGCUCUGGGAGACUCACAAAGUGCUGUGAAAGUAUCUCCCUCCUUUAGGCCCCCAGUCUCAGAGGCUUCAAAGGGAAGUGUGGGGAGACUUGGAAAAGGCUUUGCAAGUUUCCUCCCAAGGUUUGGGACAAAGAGGUAGGGAGGGAGACUUGCAAAGCCCUUUUUAAGUCUCUCUGUGCUCCGGUUCAAGCCUCUGGAAGCUCAAAUAGGAGCACGUGAACUGUUUUAAGUGCUUUGCAAAAGCACCUUUGUGCACAACAUACUUUAAAGGGCCUCUUUGCAAAGGGCUGUAAAUCCCUGCUCAGCUGAUGAGGGAAUUAAAUCCUGCUGUCUCGACAGUGUGAUCUUGUUCCUUACUGGGACGUAAAUCUAAUGCAGAAUUAAACCCUGCCCUCCCACUCGUCAGCUGACCCCUCCUGUACGGUCAGCAGAGGAGUGGGUGGGCGUGGCUUGAUCCUGCAGGACUAUUCGGGCGUGGGGGGCAGGUGGCCUUUCAGGUAACUUAGUCCUGACUUCUUUAAUCUUUCUCUCCUGCCUUUUCCAGUUGCAGCAUCUGUGUGAAGAAGCAAAACAAGCACUUCAUCGUUCCUGCCUCGCACUUCAAGUUGCUGAAGGUAGGUUUGACAAGUUGGGGAGGGUGCGCCCGACAGCCACACAACAUCCCCAGACUGCAAACACAGGCCUGGAUUCACCCUUUCUCCUUAUUCUGCCCAUCUCCUUUCCCAAUUGCAAUGGUGAUCAUACCCUUGCUUUUUCCAGGCAGGACUUGACUUUGCCCUUUGGCCUCUCUGGCUGCAAAACAACUUGCACAGAAACUUGGCUGCCAAUCUAGAUAAAAGUUGACGCCUGGGCUCUUGCCUUUGGCAAUGAAGGCAGCAAGCAGCUGCUGUUCCAGGCCUGGGGGAGCCUCUGGCUGCCCCCCAGAUGUCCCAAGGCCCCAGCUCCCAGUGGAAUGACGGGAGUUGGCAGCCCAGCAAUAUCUGAAGGACUGCUGGACUAUUCUCAAAGCCAGAGUCUCUCCCUCCACCUGCAAUGAUGGGAUCCUUUCUUUUAUUUUAUGAUAUCUCUGGCACUGCUUCCAUUUGCAGAAAUCUCAAAGGGGUUUUCAAGGGAACAAACACAUAUUAAAAGAGUUUAAAUGAAGAGAAACGGAACGAAGGAAAACAAAAAGGCAAGAGUCAAGAGGAGGGGCUGGUCAGAUCAGGUGCUGAAGAGGCUGGAGGAGUUGCCAGCUGAUGACCCCAGAGAGCGACCCAGUGGGUGAAGGGGGGGGUUGAGGGCAGUCCAGAGCAUGGGAGGAGCCACCCCAAAGCAUGCCCUGCUUUCCUAUAGCCACCAGGUGACGAUCAGUAGGUCGCAGCUUCUAUCAGCAAGCUCUCCUUCUGAUGAUCAGGUAAGCUGGUCCUGAGUCGUUCAGGAAAUUGUAUGCUAAUGCAUAAGGAGAGACCUGAUGGACUCUGCUAGUCCAGCACAAUCGUGGAGUUGGAAGGGACCCUGAGAGUCCACCCCUCUGCAAUGCAGGACUCUCAGCUAAACUGACUGGGAGCGGCCGCCGGGACCACAUAACACUGGUCCUGAGAGAUCUGCAUUGGCUCCCAGUACGUUUCCAAGCACAAUUCAAAGUGUUGGUGCUGACCUUUAAAGCCCUAAACAGUCCAGUAUACCUGAAGGAACAUCUCCACCCCCAUCGUUCUGCCCAGACACUGAGGUCCAGUGCCAAGGGCCUUCUGGUGGUUCCCUCAUUGCGAGAAGUGAGGUUACAGGAACCAGACAGAGGGCCUUCUUGGUGGUGGCGCCCGCCCUGUGGAACGCCCUCCCAUCAGAUGUCAAGGAAAUAAGCAUCUAUCUUAUUUUUAAAAGACACCUGAAGGCCCUGUUUAGGGAAGUUUUUAAUAUUUAAUGCUGUAUUGUUUUUAACACUCGAUUGGGAGCCGCCCAGAGUGGCUGGGGAAACUCAGCCAGAUGGGCAGGGUAUAAAUAAUAAAUUAUUAUUAUUAUAAAGCAUCCCUGGCAGAGAGCCAUCUAACCUCUGCUCCAAAACCUCCAAGGAAGGGGAGUCCAGCACCUCCCGGGGGAGUCCGUUCCACUAUCGAACGGGUCUUCCUGGCUGCUGAAUUCUGCACCAGCUGUGGCUCCCUUGGCCAGCCUCAAGGGCAGGCUCACAAAGAGUGCGCUGCAGGGACCCGACCUUACAAGCUGGUUUGUGGAGCGCACUGCGCUCAUUGGCGCAAAGCACCUUGUCUAGAAAGGCUUAAGUGUCAUGCUGUUGUCGUCCUUUUCGCCAAGGGUGCAGACAGCCUCGCCACUUACACCUUCAACACCCACUGUGCCCAGCACACCUUCUGCAAGACAUGCGGCGUCCAGAGCUUCUACACGCCCCGCUCCAACCCAGACGGCUACGGUAGGGAGUUGUCCACAGGGGGCCUGAGGCUUGAAGAGGGUGGCGGGGUGUGUGUGGCGGGAGUCUUCCUUGGUUUGCUGCUUUCUGUACAGCUUCCCCCUCCCGAUGCAACUGAUAGUGUUACAUUGCAGCUUGGGGUUCCAGCUACCCUUUCCCAGUAUACUCCAUUCCAAUUGCCCUCCUUCACUCCCAGACAAGUCAGCAUUCUGUGGCUGCUGAAGACCCCCAGUCCCAAUAAGGUGCUUUUAGGGGUGUUUCGAACCAGUGAGUUCUUUCCUUAAAGACUUCUGUACUCCUGCAAAACUUGAGGGCUCUCCCAAGCCUGACAGUAUCUCCAUCCUGCGUACGGAUGGUGCCCUUUUGACUAUGUAAGAAGCGGCGCUUGGAGAAUUGAGCCUGCUGUCAGGUGGAGGACCUGUGGCCGUUGAAAGGUUGUUGUACUCCAACUCACAUAAUCUCUCUUGGUUGGCCAUGAUGGUUGUGGGCUGAUGGGAGUCGGAGUCAGGGCCGGAUUUAGGCCCUAAGCUACUGAAGGGAUGCGGGUGGCGCUGUGGGUUAAACCACAGAGCCUAGGGCUUACCGAUCAGAAGGUCGGCAGUUCGAAUCCCUGCAACGUGGUGAGCUCCCGUUGCUCGGUCCCUGCUCCUGCCAACCUAGCAGUUCGAAAGCACGUCAAAGUGCAAGUAGAUAAAUAGGUACCGCUCCGGCGGGAAGGUAAACAGCAUUUUCGGGAGCUGCUCUGGUUCGCCGUGCUGGCCACAUGACCCGGAAGCUGUACGCCGGCUCCCUCGGCCAAUAAAGCGAGAUGAGCGCCGCAACCCCAGAGUCGGCCACGACUGGACCUAAUGGUCAGGGGUCCCUUUACCUUUUACCUUUUAAGCUACUGAAGGUAAUGUUACCCCUUUAUAUGUCCAGCUCUCCUUUGUCAACAACAAAUUGUUGCUGCUUUUUGUGUUGAAUAUAUGCUGUAUGGUAAUUUGUGGACCUAGGAGGUAUCUAAAGCCAUUUGCACAUAACAAAUAGGAGCCUAGACAACACAAAACACUGUUGCUGUAUGUAGGCUUUAUUUUAUUUGUUUAUUAUCUUACAUUUUGGAAAUGUACAUCCAGUUUUUUCCCCCUUUAAAUUUUUUUGGGGGAGAGUGGGGCCCUAAGCUAUAGCUUGUUUAGCUUAUACGUAAAUCCGGCCCGUAAAUCGGAGUCUAGCAGCAUCUGCAGAGCCACAGCUUCACCAUACCUGGGACAAAAACACAAGAGUCCAGGGGACCUUCCCUAGGAGUCAGGGAGCCUUGCCUGAUGAAGCUUCUCUCCCUCUCUCAGGAAUAGCUCCGCACUGCCUGGACGAGGGGACAGUCAGCAGCGUCACCAUAGAGGCGAUCAACGGCAAGGAAUGGGAGAAGGCUGUGAAAGGACACCCCACCAUCAGGAGUAUGUCCAAAGAGUGACCCAGCCCGUUCUGGAAGGGCAGAGGCCCCUGAGGCUGGUCAUUCUCAGCACACACACCCCAUAGCCCAUCUGUCCUGGGUUGCUGAGAGAUCGAUCUCUGUUUCAAAUACCUUUGGGAAAUAAAACUUGUAUUUUUGUAAAACAAACCACUCUCUGCUGCAUACUCUCUGACCCGGAAGCUCAAUGGAACAGAAGGGAUCUUCAGGUUUGCUGCCGGCCAGUGUAGACAAUACUGAGCUAAGCAAACUUAAAUCCAAGGAAGCUUCCUACAUUCUUUGGUGUGCCUUGUGGAAAUACAGAGGAACCAGAUGGUCUUGAAAGACCUACACUGGCUCCCAGUACGUUUCCGAGCACAAUUCAAAGUGUUGGUGCUGACCUUUAAAGCCCUAAAUGGCCUCGGUCCAGUAGACCUGAAGGAGCGUCUCCACCUCCAUCGUUCUGCCCGGACACUGAGGUCCAGUGCCGAGGGCCUUCUGGCAGUUCCCUUGCUGCGAGAAGCCAAAUUACAGGGAACCAGGCAGAGGGCCUUCUUGGUGGUGGCGCCCGCCCUGUGGAACGCAC